CAAUUUUUAUCAUGUUUCUGACAGUGAUAUGCACAUUUGUUGCUGCUCCAUUGUUGAUUGCCAUUAUUUAUUGGCUUGUACAGAAUGGAAAACCUUGGGACAUGGCAAGUUUCUUUCAAACACCUCCUUUACAACUUGAACUGGCACUAAGGCAGUAUGAUGACUUCUUAGUCCUUAUUCUCUUCCAUCAUCAAACAAUCUUAAGUGCUGUCAAGUGUUUUGGUGAAGACACUGAAAGUGUGCUUAUUGGAAGUGCAUUUGAAGGUUGCUUUCUUCCAAAGAAUUUCAACAAUGGCAAAGGGUAUGGAGUUGAAUUUGACUUCUUUGUUCGUCUACCAUCACCCAUGGCUUGGGAGUCCCCAGGAGCUCUUCAGUAUAUGCCGCUUGAUGAACAACCGCAUCAAGUGCUUGUGAAGCUUUCAAGCCCAUCAACCUUAGAGUCCGAGUACAUUGGUAUUAAAAACAAAGUGCCAAAUUUAAGUGAUAGCUUUCUAAAAAAGUGUGAAGAUGGAUUUUAUUUGAAGAGAAACUUUAUGGAAGCCAUGGAGGAGAAAAUCCAGAAUUCUCUGAAGAAGGUUCUUGUGCAAAAGCCGGGUGGUAUGGAAAUGGUGUCUAGGUGUGAUGCAGAAAAAAACAGUGAAGGACUUCAGGCAUCCAUUGAUGUGUCAUUUUUAAAGCCUAUCACUGAACACUUGGGUAUGUUGCCACUAGAUCCCGACUCAUGGUCAGGAGAUGCAAUGACAAAUGCUCAAAUGCUGUGGGUUAAUCUUACAAACUGGAGUUCACCAUCUUGGCCCUCCAGGAUUUUCAAAGUUCAUCUUGUUUUGGAAUGUGACUGGCCUGCCGAUGCCAAGAUGAACUGGCUCCAAAGACAGCGAUACUGGCCAAGUGAGAAAACUGUACAGGAUGUUGCAGAAGCCCCUUGCUAUCUUCAUCCUCUGUGGGAUGAGGAAGAACCGAUAGAUGAGAGUGUAAUGACAUUUCAAAUGACCUUUGGGCUGGCAGAAUAUUUACUUUUCAUGGAAACUGGACCAAAAGAGAGGCAAUGUAUAGUAGUUCUAAAAGCUAUCAAGGAAAAGUAUUUUCACAAAUCUCAAAUCUUGUCCUCUUUUGUAAUCAAGAUGGUAUUUUUCUGGCAUUUAGAAUCAACUCCUUUAUCCGAGAGACAAGAUAUGGGUAGAGGAGAACUGCUUGUUUGCCUGCUGGACAAACUUGUUAGUUUCUUGAAUGACAACAAUUUGCCUCACUUUUUUCUCCCAAUUGUUAAUCUGCUGCAGCGUUUUGAUCCAGAUGACAUCAGUAGUACUUGUAGACAGGUGAAAAAAGUAAAAAGAAACAUGUUGGCUUAUCUUCCCUCUGAGUUGUUUCAAGUUAAAUGCUCAAAAACAAUUGAUGAUGAUUUUGUUCAAACAGUGCUGCAGUUUGUUUAAAAGUAAUGAAAGUUGUUAUAAUUUAUAGCACUUAUAAUUUACAGGAAACAAUAAAAUAUUCAUCAAUAGCUGUUCUGUAAUGUGCUUUCUAAUAAAUGAAUGUGUAAAAGAAGGUAUGUGGUAAAAAUAUAAAAUACAGUAACUCUAAUUUUCUUAGCUCCAAUGAUGACUGUAAAUAAACCAUACAAUUUUCUCCA